GUUCGUAGCCAUCAUUUGUUUACGAGGCGAGGUCACGACUUUCUGCUGCAAAAGUUCGUCGCAGUCCGCGCAAGUCUUGAUUUUCGCUAUAUUUUAAAGAAUCUGCGAACAUGAUCGCCUCAUCGGGAGCCAGAGUUGCGAGCGCCGUCUCCAGAAACUUCUCAACAUCCGUUGUCAGGGCCGGAGGGCAUGGCCAAGAGGGUCUGUGGCCCAAGGCUGGCAGCAACCUGCCAUUCAGCAUCGAGAAUAGGUACAAGCUGACCCUGUCCUUCAUGCUGUUCACUGGCUCAGCGUUCGGUCUCCCCUUCUACCUGUGGCUCUCCAAGCCAUAGAUAUUUUAUUUAGGUACUACAAAUUAGUAAUGGGACGACAAUUUCUUUUGAUUAUUUAUGGUAAUUUACCACACUUGAAUACAGUAUGUUAACUGCUAUUCUUCUAAAUUUCUGUUCACAAGCAAA